AUGACCCGCAAGCGCUUUAUAUGUCCUCGCAUAGAUGGAACGCACACGUUUACGUCCACUUGUAUGGAAGAAGACAUGACGUCAUCCAAUCCCGGAGUGAUGUGCUACAGCCGCGGUUCACAGCAUCGGAUUGGUCUGCUGUUAGAAAGAGAAGCGGCUAGCGGGAUUCAAAAAGAGCGGACACUAAAGAGCCAUCAGAUUGACUUCACAUUGAGGACUUAA